UUGCGCCUGGUGGAGGCGGGGCCUUCCCUGUGACUGCGGGCUCCGGCAAGGUGACCGGCGGUUCCUCUGCGGGGUUGAAUCCGGACAGGAGAGAGCGCGGCGGUGAGGAGGCCGAGCGGGCGGCUGAAACUUCUACAAAUACAUCAUGAUUCUCCAACAGCUCUUCAGGUUUUCUUCUGUUUUCCGUUCCGCAAUCUCCUUCCACUUGCAUAGAAACAUUGGCUUUUCUGCCAUUGUUUUUAAUAAGGCAAAGGAACUUGAUCCUGUGCAGAAACUCUUUUUGGACAAGAUCAGAGAAUAUAAAACAAAGAGCCAGAAAACUGGUGGCCCUGUUGAUGCUGGUCCAGAAUAUGAAAAAAGCAUGCAUGAACAAAUGGUCAGGCUCCAGCGGGUUUAUGGUGGUGGAGAUAUGACCAAAUUUCCAGAAUUCAAAUUUGAGGAGCCCAAAUUUGAAGAGGAGCAGAAGUGAUGUGAUAGCAAGUACUCAAGCAGCAGCAAUGUGCCUGGAGGUGUUGAAUAGGCCCACGGUUGUAAUCUAAAUAAACAGUUCAGUGUUCAAAUGUGAAUAUUUGAAUUCUGUCGAAU